UCACUGUGGUCCCACACACAAAAAGGGACCGGAAAGGGACCCUCUAACGGAAGAAGGAAAAUGGAGGCGGCAGUGUUCAUUCUAUCACUUGUGGACUGCUGUGCACUGAUUUUCCUCUCGGUGUACUUUAUUAUCACCCUGUCUGAUCUAGAAUGUGACUACAUCAAUGCUAGAGCCUGCUGCUCCAAGCUGAACAAAUGGGUAAUUCCAGAGAUGGUUGGCCAAUGUCUUUCCACUAUGCUGAUGUUGGUCUCCAUGCACUGGUUCACCUUCUUCCUCAAUCUGCCUGUAGCAGCCUGGAACAUUUAUAGAUAUGCAAAGGUUCCAAUGGGAAACAUGGGCGUGUUUGACCCCACUGAGAUACACAACCGAGGUCAGCUCAAGUCCCACAUGAAGGAGGCCAUGAUUAAACUGGGUUACCACCUGCUGUGCUUCUUUAUUUAUUUGUAUAGUAUGAUCCUGGCUCUUAUCAACGACUGAAGCACCUUGCACAGGCCCACAUUAAGACGUCCAGGCUUUGCUGCCCCCCCCCUCACACCCUGCUCCAAAUUUGUAUGCAUCAACAGCAAAGAGAAGUUUCCAGUUCAGUUACAACUGAGUGACAGUAAAUGGCUUUUUCAUUUAAUACUGAGGUAGACAUUUAACCAUCUAGCACUUGAGUACCAUCAUAAAACAUCUCCAAGCGCUGUGUGCUAUUGUGAAGGGGAUAAGUAAUGAUGCUUCUUCUCAACCUCUAUAUGCACUUCUAUAACUUCUAUGUGAGUAUUGUUUUUAUUAACUAAAAAAAAUGUUUUUAUUAACUAAAAACAAUACCGACAUAUUUGCUGUAAGAAUGAUGAGCCGUUUUUUACAUUCAAGUGAGCAGGUAGGCUUCCUAGGGCAGAGAGAAGCAAAACAGUAGUAAAAGCCCAACACUGAGAAAUCUGUGUCUCUCAAGAUAAGGUGGGAAACCUGUGCGCUGUUCCACCAAAUAAUGUUUGAACUUGAAAAUAAGAACUCAGACAUUCUGUGUGCUUUUGAGGUGAUGUUCCACAUUUACCUCCUUGGAGUUGCUCUUUUUUUUUUCUUCCUUUAUUUGAACCAUUUUCUGAACUCCUGAGACUGCUGUGGUGAGAAUCCAGAUAUUCCAGCAUACACUUGGCAACCAUUCAUCUGGCUUGACCUUUACCUCACCUGCUGCUGAUCUGUGUGUGUGUGUGUGCGCGUCUUUAUUCCAUUGUUGUGCCUUUUUUUGUAGUUCUUCCCCAAAGGUGGUAAUCCUCUACUGCUGUUUGCCAUUACCUUUGUUUUACAGUAAGAGACAUAGUUCCAAAUAAGUUAUAUUCAAUACAUUUACCAACAAGCCAUGAGAUGAAAUAUGGAAGCUUAGGAACCAAAUCUUUAUCGGUAGUCUGUUGGUCAGCUCGCUGUGAAGGACUCAUCCUGGCAUCCUCUUCAUCAGUCUGGAUGUGUACAUUAAUGGUGUCUUACUGUCUAAGGCCGCUACCUCCUUCUAAACCGCUUCAGUUCACAUCAUAUUUGGUCAAAGCAUCACCAGUUUACAAAAUGAAAUGCUAACUGUUGAAGUAUAUUUUUAUUAUUUUAAAACAAUGAGCAUCACAUGGUGCAUCAGUGGGCCUGUUGUGACUUUAUGCAACCACACACAACGGCUGGUUCCUCUGCUCAUUAGACAGUACCGAUUCCCUGGGUGGCAGUUUGAAUAGAACUAUUGGUUGUGACAUCACUCGCGCACCCAUGGACUUAUUGGAUACCUUUGAUCCCAUGCUGCAUGUCAACGUGAGGCAGUUCCCAGAUCAGCAUGGUUAUGUCUGAUUCACAUUCAACUAUCUUAUGCAGUGUGCUGUUUUUUGAGGGGGUGGCGCGGGGUUUCAUAAACAAAAAUUAAAAGAUCUGUCUGACGCAUGUCCACUUUUGCUUCAUAUUCGUCACAGUAUUUGUUUCCUCCCCAAAUGUAUUAUAAGAAAACUGUCAAGCCAAGGGAAAAUAUUUAGAAUUUUAGGUUGUUAUAGUUGCAAAGCAAAUAAACCAAUAAACCUGACACAUUCAGGGUUCAAAUGCAUGUGAUCAUCUACUAAAACAGCAGCAUGUCAUAAUAGUUUCCAGACCUCUAUAGAUUGACUUUGUCCUGAUGUUGACAUGAAGUAACCAAUCUUUUAUUUGUGGUCUCGUGAGGAAAGUGAGGUCUGUGUUAACAUAAACGUUCAGAUUGACUGAAAUUGGAAGCUGGUUGCAGAAAAACGCAGCGUGAUAAUUGAAGGCUUUGGCUCCCAGACUCCAGAGUGCAGCUUUAGUAGGGCAAUAUGGUAUAAGCUCCUUAAGAUAAGACCGUGCAGGGUUUGAAGGUUAUGUCACAUUGGAAGAUCACAUGACACCUGUCACAUGGCAGAGUUCCUUCUGGCAGAUAUUUUGGAUUUCCUAAAUCUUUAGUCCAAUUUGCUUAUUUGUUUCUGUUGAAUUUCACUAUUUUUCAUCUUUUCAGGUUUAAGUUGCCACAAAUUAAUAUUUUAGUCAGAGUUUCUUUGAUGUAUGUGGUCAAAUAUCCUUUUUUGUUUAAUGAUAUUGAAUAUUUCUGUAAAGCUAGUCAAGCCAACCCGAAAAUUCAUUUAUGGCAGUCAAACGUUUUCCAUAUAAGACUUAAUCGGUCGACAAGUAUUUGAUCAUUCUGCAAAGAGAGGAAAAUAAAAACAGAUAUAUAUAUUUUUAAUGCCA